CUAAAUUGUUUAUGCAUCGAUGUAUUGACUGCUAAUAGAGACGUUGUGCAAAGUUUUUCCACCCACACACAUUUAAAGUUUAAAAAGGCAAAAACAAAAUCGCUACCAUGAACAGGCAAAAGCAGAGUACCAGCUCCAACAACAGUGGCACAUCAUCGGAAGCCAGCGAGACGCAAAGUGUGGAUGACCAGCAAGGUACUCCGCAUUUGAAUAUUCGUGGGAAUAGCUCAUCAUUGAGUAGAGCUAAAAACAGUUGGAGACGCAUGAAGGAUCUGGCUGCCGAGAAGGAAAAGGAAAAUGAGGCUAAGCGACCUCCUUGGCGGGCAGUUAGCGUUUCCACGCUUACCAAACCCGACAAAAGCGCCUUGCUUCGGGCCAAGUUACUUGAUGCUUCAAGACGACUUAGAGCUGGCAAGGCCAAUGUGGCCUUGCAGACGGACUUUGUGCCCACGAAACUCAUGAAAGAGGCGAGCUUUGGGGUGCAAAAGGAUUUAAUACUGAGCAAGGACAUAGGCAUUCUAACCGAUGGACAGUACUCAAAAAAGAAAGAUGGCUAUGAGAAGUAUGUACUCACCUAUUCCAUGUCCCAAAUGACCGACAGUGUGGCUACAGUUUCGCGGCAAACUCAAACUCUACUACCCAAGGCUUAUAACAAGGAUCUGGUCAACUCGUACCUUCCCAAAUCCGACGAGGAUGGCAGUGAAAUUAUCUCCGAUGUGGAAAAGAGACUUGGCGAUCAGAUUGCCAAGAUACGUAGACUAAACUUCGAGGAAUCGAAUCAGUUGAGGGGAACUGCGAAUAAUAUGAACUUGGCUCCAACUCUGGCAUCCUGGCAUUUCGAUGAUGACGCGGUGGAAAUGGAAUCGCAGCGUCACUUUAUACCAUAUACAAUCGAAUCGUUUAAGCCCUGGCGUAGUUUUGUUCCCUUUCCCUUCAGGUUGAGGGGUAAUUCCCUGAUUGGCAACCAAAAAAUAGAUUGGUAUGCCCUAUUGCAGUCCAUCGAUGACCUGAUCAAGGAGUCCAAUAAUCUGGUGGAUAAACUAGAGCAGAUUAUGAUGGAGAACAGAGCGCAUCGCAAGUCGGUUCUUGGAAACCUAGGUAAACUUCCAAAGUUCGAACCUACCAAAUUUAUAGCUCCUUCAGAGCAAUGGUUGCCCCUAAUUGAGCAGCAGGAAAAGCAACUACAAAUUAUUUUGAGCGGCAACGCGGCUAAAGGAGAGUCCUCUGAGUAG